GUUCUCUUCCGAUCUGGAAACCACAACUUCCUAAUUCGCCCACAUUGAAUCCUCUAGAAAUUAAACCUAACAGAGUACGACCUAAAGACUAUAAUGAGGAGGACGAACCCAAAAUACUAAGGAUAAAAACUCACACCAUGAUCAUUAAAUUGACGAAAGAUUCUAUGAUAAGGAAUCUUAUUUGGAUGCGGUCAUAUGACAAUCGUAAGAUAUCAUAUGAUAUUAAUAACAGUUUUAAGACAAUUCAAAAUAGUUUCAAGAAGUUUUAUUCGUCUAUCAACUAUUAUUCUUAUUGGGAUCGGUUACUAAAUGGUAUUGAUAGUGUUAUAAGCAAGAAUUGUUAUCCAGGAAAUAUAUAUGCUUCUACAAGUUUUAUUGAACCAUACCCCCGCAUUAAUGAAUUUGAAAUUCUAAUAUUAGCCUUUAUACAAUUGCUAGAGCAGUAUGCCUACAAUAUUGAUUCAAAGUAUGUGAAAUUUACCAUGGGAUAUAAAAUGUGUUUACCUACAGUUUCAGAGGUGUCUUUUAUAUUGGGCAAGGCUAUUCCUUUGUGUGAUCUAAAUGGUAAUAGACUUCCUAAAAAAAAGAUCUAUGAUAAAAUUGAAGAACUAGUGAGGUUAUACGGUGAAAAAUAUGAGGAUGCAGUGAUAAAAGGGAUCUUCAUUAAUAUCUAUUAUGAAUCAAACGAAUCCAUUAAAUCAUUAGACUUUCCUAAUAUACCAGCUUCUGAUAUGGUUGAAAGGAUUAUCAAUGUUAUGGAUACUAAUAUAAUAAGUUGUUGUAAUCUACCGGAAGUCAAAUCACUUCGGUAUAAGCAGAGUCGUAUUCCCUCUAAGAUAAGCGCACUCAAAGGUAAUAAUCAAUUAGAAAGUCGUCCUUUCAUUGUAGCCGAUAUAGAGACAAUAUUGGUAAAUAAUGUUCAUGUUCCUUAUGCGAUUGGUUACUUAGUGGUUAUGCCCGGUGAUGAUCUGACUUCCAAGAGGAUUGAAACCUUAUUCAGUGAAAAUUACAUAACUUUCUAUCUUGACUUUGCAGAAAGGAGUAAAAAAAUGUUAUUUCACAAAAUUGGAAAAAUGUGUGAUGAAAAAUAAGAGACUUCGAACAGUUUAUUUCCACAAUUUUUCCCGAUUUGAUGGAAUUUUAAUUCUUAGGUAUUAUGCUGAGCGUGGUAAAAAGUAUAAAAUCAAACCCUUGGUGAGGAAUCAUAAACUUUACGAGCUGAAAGUCUAUAUUAACGAUAAAUUCUUAUUACGUUUUAGAGAUUCUUGCACAUUGCUGCCUAGCUCUCUUGCAUCAUUGGGAAGGACAUUAUGCCCUGAAUUAGGUCCCAAAGGUUCUAUCCCGCAUGAGGAUUUGGAUGUGUCUGAUCUUCGGGCUAAGAGUGAGGAUUUGAUAAACUAUCUUCGACAAGAUAUCCUUAUCUUAGGUGGUGUGAUGUUGAAGGCUCAAGAAAUUAAUUGGUCUAAGUAUCAGAUUGAUAUUGAGGGUGUGAUGACAGUGUCAGCGCUAUCCCUGAAAAUCUUUCGUAAGAAAUAUUUUGAUGAUAAUAUCUUUCAUAUAAAUAUACCAACUCAGAACCAAGACACUUUUAUUAGGCGAGGCUAUUAUGGGGGUCAUGUGGAUGUAUAUAAACCCUAUGGUGAGAAUCUUUACUACUACGAUGUUAACUCUUUAUAUCCUUAUAUUAUGAAAUCCUAUCCGAUGCCUUGUGGCGUACCUGUCUGGCAUAAUAAUUUGGAAUGCCAGGAUUUAGAUAACUUGUUUGGAUUUAUUGAGGCCUAUGUUGUAUGUCCUGCUAGUAUAUCACAUCCAUUCUUGCCAUAUAAGGAUAAAUUUGGUACUUUAAUCUUUCCUACAGGUAAAUUCAUUGGAAUCUUUUAUAGUGAAGAGUUGAAGUUCGCACGUGAUUUAGGUUACCAUAUAAUUCCUCUUAGGGGGUAUUUGUUUGAGGCGAUGUCAAGUCCUUUCGAAGGGAUCAUUUCUGACCUCUAUGAAAGCAGACUCGAAGCUAAGAAAAGAGGUGAUGAGCCUAUGACAUUUAUUUAUAAGAUUUUAAUGAAUUCGCUCUAUGGUAGAUUUGGUAUGAAUCCUGAAAGUACAGUAACCGAGAUCUGCAAUCAAAAAAGAUACGAGGAAUUGAUGAAGAUGGAUAAUUUUCAAUCAGCUGAAAUGCUUACUGAAAAUUACUAUAUUGUCAAUUACAUUACCAAUAGUAGCUUUGCAGAAGACGAUAACUGGAAAGCUCCUAAGAUGUCGGCGGUUCAAUUAGCAGCUGCUGUAACUGCUUGUGCUCGUAUUCAUAUGUAUCCAUACAUUUCCAGACCUGACUGUUAUUAUACUGAUACUGACUCAGUAGUUCUAGGAUGUCCUCUUUCUGACGAUUUAAUCUCAUCCAUGGAAAUGGGGAAGUUUAAACUCGAAUACUUUGUCAAGAAAGGAAUCUUUUUAGCACCAAAAAGUUAUAUGUUAGAAACAGUUGACGAACAACAUGUUAUUAGACACAAGGGCCCUGCUAAAGAUUUAGUAACAUCUGAAUGGUUUAAAAAGCAAUUAGCUGAUCCAUCUCUAACGGAGCUGAUCCCCACUCAUGUAAAUUUCAGAAUAGAUUGGAAAAAAUUCCAGAUUGGAAAAAAAGAUAUUCUCAUCAAACUAGGACUACCACAGAGUACGAAAAGAGAGAAUGUCUAUGAUUCAGAAAAUGUUUGGAUAGAAACACGACCUAUAAAUGUAAUUGACCUAGGAAGUAAAGAUGCUACUACUAUAUUGAAAUAUGAGCUAUUGAGGUUAUCAGUCAGUCAGUCCACUACUGAGGGUCAAAAGACCCCUACUGAAGGUCAAAAGACCCCUACUGAAGGUCAAAAGACCCCUACUGAAGGUAAAAAUACCCCUACUGAAGGUCAAAAGGCCACUACGGUUCAACCUACUCUCUACAAUACCAAGGACCACGACAAUAGUAUUCCCAAACCUGAUGAAUAAAAGCAAGAAAUGAGAAGGGCCCUACCCGGCUCAACCGGUCCAUUUAACACCCUAAUAACUUCAGUU